UGGUUCCUCUUCUCCGGGCGCAGCGCCGCCUGGCGAGUUGUGCACGGGCGGGCGGAGCCUGCAGGGGUCUCGGGGCGCACAGGGCUGUCGGGAUUGUCCUCGUGGGUGCCCGCGGUCCAAGAUCGCCGCGCGUCUGUCACCUCUUUCCUUCGCCCUCCGGGCCCCGGCCGUGCGCAUCCGCCGGGUAGUCCGGGGUCUGUGCAGGGGCCCGCGGCGGGAAUGCGGCUGCUGUGGCCGGCUGGGCAGCGGGCGGCGGCAGCAAGCGGAACCCGGGCGCACUCGCCGCUGGCCGGGACGCCGCCCUGGCCUGCGCUCUGCUCCGGAGGCCGCCGCCGCUGCGCUCCGGGGCCCGGCGCGGAAUGAGGUGCAGGCCGCACGCCGGCGAGCGCCCCGCUCCGCGGCCCCCAGGUUCCCCGCGGCCGCCGGUGCCUCGCGUGCUCCGGCGCCCACGUUAAGAGCCCCGCACUAGCAGCGUUCGCCGAGGCACAGGCCCGCAGAGCGCACGCGACCCGGUCCGGGUGCCGAUCGCGGGGACUCGCCUCUUGGACGCCGCCCCGAGUGCGGGGACCCCGGCACGCUGCAGCGCGCGGGCCGCGCUCCGCAUCGCAGAGCUCCUCCAGCGUGGUGGCUUUGGCCUCCACGGAGCCCGGUCUCCCGGCCCCCCUCCAGGUUUCUCCGCAUCCUUUCUACACCCUUCCCGCUGCUCCACAGCCUCCCAUUCAUUGCAUCCGUUUCUCCUUCCCGGCUCGGUUCUUCUUCCCAGAGCCUCCCCGGCCGGACCCCGCUACCCUCUUGGGAUUCUCUGUACAUUCAUGGAAGUUUAGGGCCUGGACCGUGGCCCGGAGUCUGGCCUGAGAGCGCAGCCCGCGCUGCUGGCAGGGCAGAGGAAGAUGUCUGCGCUCAAGCGGAUGAUGCGGGUCUCCAAUCGCUCCCUGAUCGCCUUCAUCUUCUUCUUCUCCCUCUCCACGUCCUGUCUCUACUUCAUCUAUGUGGCUCCAGGCAUCGCCAACACAUACCUCUUUAUGGUACAAGCUAGAGGUAUCAUGCUGAGAGAGAAUGUGAAGACAAUUGGACACAUGAUCAGGCUGUAUACAAAUAAAAACACUACGUUCAACGGGACAGAUUAUCCUGAAGGCAAUAAUACAAGUGACUAUCUUCUUCAAACAACAACGUAUCUUCCGCAGAACUUCACGUAUUUACCACACCUCCCCUGUCCAGAGAAGCUGCCUUACAUGCGGGGAUUCCUCAGUGUCAAUGUGAGUGAGAUCAGUUUUGAUGAAGUCCAUCAGCUCUUCUCCAAGGACUCAGAGAUUGGGCUAGGAGGCCACUGGAGGCCCAAGGACUGCAAGCCCAGAUGGAAGGUGGCAGUUCUCAUCCCCUUCCGCAACCGCCAUGAACAUCUUCCAAUUUUUUUCCUGCACCUGAUCCCGAUGCUCCAGAAACAGCGGCUGGAAUUUGCCUUUUAUGUCAUCGAACAGACCGGCACACAACCGUUCAAUCGUGCGAUGCUCUUUAAUGUGGGUUUCAAAGAGGCCAUGAAAGACAGAGCCUGGGACUGUGUGAUCUUCCAUGACGUGGAUCAUCUGCCCGAAAAUGAUCGGAACUAUUACGGAUGUGGAGAGAUGCCACGGCACUUUGCAGCAAAGCUGGACAAGUACAUGUACAUUCUUCCGUAUAAGGAGUUCUUUGGUGGAGUGAGUGGCCUGACAGUGGAGCAAUUUCGGAAGAUCAACGGCUUUCCCAAUGCCUUCUGGGGGUGGGGAGGAGAGGAUGACGACCUCUGGAACAGAGUUCACUAUGCUGGAUACAAUGUAACCCGGCCAGAGGGGGACCUGGGAAAAUAUGUAUCUAUUCCUCAUCAUCAUCGAGGAGAAGUACAGUUUUUAGGACGGUAUAAAUUACUUCGGUAUUCUAAGGAGCGUCAGUACAUCGAUGGAUUGAACAAUUUAUUAUACACACCCAAAAUACUGGUUGAUAGGCUGUACACAAAUAUAUCUGUAAACCUCAUGCCAGAGUUAGCUCCAAUUGAAGACUAUUAAAAGAAGUCAUUCUCAUGGUGGGGUAGACCACAGUGCUGGAUCGUGAACUUGGCUUGGAGUGCCCUCACCGUGGAAGUUAGAGACUGGUGUGCCUCUCAGUAUCCCAGUCUGUAAAAAGAGCCAGCAGUCCUCAAUGUUUACAGCGCAGGCUCCAUCUGUCACACUCCCUCACUCUCCUCCCUGCUGGGAGCAUUCCCCAUGGCAAGCACUGUAGAGAUAAGAACCCAUUGCUUGGGAUUGGAAGUGAAGAAAACUCCCUACACAGAGAAGAUUUUUAUACUGAAAUCUAUAAUUUAAUUCAAGAGAAUGCUUUUAUUUCCGUUCAAACCUAUUUUGUACAUAUGUGAUGUAAAUUAAAUGUGUUCAAAUUGUUGGAAAAUAAGAUGUCACAAUUUUGCAUGUAAUUGGUUAUGCCUUCAUUGGACUUUUAUAGACAUUUUUUAUUUGCAUGGGGAAAAAAUGUAAAUUUAUGUCACCAAACAAAGGUUAAGCCUUGUGUGAAAUGAAGGGACUGUCAGAGACGGACAAAGAUAAUAUAGUAACUGUUCUGUUCUAUUGGUGUUCAGCUUUAGACCUUCAGCCUCAUGGGAGGAGGCACAGUCAGUCCUCUGAGGCUUUGAAGGAAGGAAGGAAGGACUCCCAUAGCUUUUCUUCCAGCCAGGAUUACCUGUUUUGUUCUGUUUGUUUUUUUCCUUGCUUGCAGUCUCAUCAGAUCUUGCCGAGUCAACAGCCAUAUUGUUUAUGCAUACUGCAUGAGUAUUACCAAGAAAAUGUUCACAGUUGUAAAGUGACGUGCUGUACAGGACGUCUUCAUGUUAAAUGUCUCGAUGUACCUCCGCGUGUCAGGGAUUUUGUGCCUCAAAAAAAAAAAUGUUCCCAAGGUUGUGUUUAUACACGGUAUAUAUUUUUUUCAAUCUCAUAAUGAACAACAUUAUUAUUUCCACCUUAGAAGGACCAAAAGAAGGUAUCUUCUUUUAAAAACUUUUUUUUUUUUAAAGAAUGAAUUUAUGGAAAAUCCAGUAGUGCUUAUACAGAUGAAUUAUACUAUUAGAUGAGAAAUUAGAUGCUCUAUUUUUAUGAAGAUAAAUGCUUAGAUUAAAACAAACUUCAACUUUAAUUCUCAGACGUGCAUGGUUCCCUUUCACAUCAGCCAGUCAUUCCAACUGUUUUUUCCCUACUUUCAAGAAAUCUCUGGUGUUAUUUAAUUUUUUUCACUACAAGUAUAAUUUAAUGUAUAAUUUAAUGCACCAUUGCCACCAAGGUCCUGGGAAUUGAACCUAGGGCCUGUAGACUUACCUUAAAAUCGGUUAAUUGAAUGUAUGGAAACUGUGGCUUCUGAAAUAGGUUUCACUACUUAGUGCCAAGUCUGCUCAUCUCCCCCCCCCCCAACACACACACUUGGGUGAGGUUUUCGAUGACCAAACAAGAACAAAUCCCAGACAGUGUUCCUACCUUGAAAAUGAUCAAUUAUAAAUAUUCUUGAAAAAUAGCCUAUGCUCUCAUGUAAGAUCUUAUCUCCCAUAUUUAAACAAAUUAAAAACAACAUCGUCUGUCAGGUGAACCCUAAGAGUGAGAGAAUUCUGCAUGUGAGAAAGUUUGCUCCCCAUGUCUAAUGUUGAGUGCUUAGCAUCCAGUUGUCAUUGUCUGUCAUAGUUUUGGUAAUGCUGAUGGCCACAAGUCAAACCCUACAGUAAUAAUUAAAAUCCUUACACUGGAGAAGAUGGAUACCCUAUCUGUCGUGACAGCAAUCUUUCCAUGUUUAUUCUUAGAAGUGCUUCUAAAAUAUUUACCUCCCAACUUUUUUUGGCUACUCAAAAUAGUGAAAAAAAAAUCACAACUUCUGGAGAUGAA